UGUUACAUCCUUCAUUAAUUUUGGCACCUUGAGUUUUUAAAUUUAGUAAAAUUACUUGUAAACAACAAUAAAAAUAUUUAUUUUUUUUUAAAUAUGUCAUCGAAUUAUUCUAAGAAACGUGUACAAAAUCUUAAAACCAAAUAGUUUAUAAACUCAAUGAAACUAAACUUUAUAGAACAGCAUCUUCCGUAAUAAAUUUAAAAGAUUUGUUUUGAAUAAUUCGAGGAGAUCGUGAACAUGAUGAACAGAUGUUCAACCAAGAUGGCGCCUGAAGAACGUUGAGUUAGCAGCAUGUAUUCAUCACUGACUGGACACCAUGUACCGCAUACACGACGACAGUGGCGUGCUGACAUCCGUGCUGUGCAUGCUGCUGCUGGUGAGCUACCACGCGUCCAGAGACGCUCUACUCACAGCACUACCUACCAUCUCAGCCUGUGACUCUACCGACCCUACCACGAACUAUACUCUGCACUACCCACGCACUAACUUACCUAACUUGUUAGCUGCGAGCUUGGCAGUGCGACUUGGUGGAAGUACCACUCACAAUGAUGGUUAUGGGAACCAGAACAAUGGUUUCGAUAACUAUAGUGAGUUUGAGGGGAGAGGUUAUGGUGGAAAUAAAGUUUCACAUUUUAUAAAUAGUGAGUUGAGUGGUGAUGCACGAGGAGUUAAAAAUAAUGUAAAUAGAACAUCAUUAAUUCAUAAUUUAUCGGUAGUUGAUAAAGAAAUUAUUGGACUGAUCACCAAGCGGUUGUCAGAGUCUGGUGACAACGAAGAUUUGGAAACGUUACUCAGAGAUUUACUUUUGUUCCAAAAGCAGCUUGAUGAUGCAAAACAGGAAAUUUCUACCGAAAGCUGGAAUUUUCCGAAAGAAAAUUCUGAUUACGAUGACAAUUUUAUACCAAUAGAUUACUCAGGAAAUUUAAGUUGGGGGCAACCGUCCAACUUGGGUAGAAAAAACUCGCAUGUCAAAGAAGAAGAAAAUUAUUUUGAUGGAAAGUCGGCUGCGCCUGCGAGUGGUCAGCAAAAUAUUGACGGGGACGCAGGUAGGAAUACCACAAUUCACAGAAAUUUAAGAAACGAAAGUCCCUUCUUCGUGAAAGCAAAUAAUGAAAGAGAGAACGUAUAUGAAAGUGAUGAGAGGUCAGCAUCUGUAUCUAAUGUCCACGAAAAAUAUGCGAAUGUAGAAAGAGAACAAAGAAAUUUUAGCGAUGAUGAUGAGGACAAAUUAAAAUUAUCUGUAAAACACAAAGAAGAUUUAAAAUUAAAUUAUAAGGAAGAUGAAGAACUAAAAGAUCCUGAGCAUAAAUGGAUUGUCCUCGAUGUAAAAUCACAUGAUAUCGGUGGCAGAAACCUAGAAUCCCGUAAAAAGCUAGGACUGCAAGGGAACGAUUAUGAAAUCGUAAAUAACGCUCAAGAAGAAAACAAUAAUUUCGUCGAAAAAGAUUCAAUCAUCGUCAAAGACUCUGGACGUUCACGCGACGCAGACCUGACGCAGGAGCUGGAAAGACUCCGGGCGCUGCUGAGGUACAUCGGCGCGAGGGGCGACACGCCCUUCAGGACGCUGCUGCGGGCCACGCUCGAGCCCGAGCCCCAGACCUGUUACCAUUUUGAAUUGGCGGGCAAAGUGCACGAGAGUCACUAUCAGGUGGCCGUGCAAGGUUCUCUGCUCGCAACUCUACAUUUCUUCUCCAUCAUCGGCCUCUUCCUUGGCUACUACUCCAUUGAGGAGAGCAACCUGGGCGCUGGUAGCGUGGGCGCCGUGUUCACGCUGCAGUGGGCGCUGCUGCUGCUGGCAACGGGCGAGAUCCUGACCCUUGGACCCGUCGGUCUCGUCUGCCUCAGGGUCUGGCAGGGUCUGGUGCAGGGCGCGUGCUACCCCAUCGUCUACCGCCUCCUGGGUUCCCGCAAGAUCAGCAGCCGCGGUCGUCUGGCCAUCAUAUUUACUGGGCCGUGGCUGGGCUCGAUGCUGGGCACAGGUCUUAGCAGCUUCCAGUUCUGGGCAUCGCCCUUCUACAUCUCGGGCGUCGUGACGCUCGUCGUGGGCGUCGUCCUUAUCUUCCUGCCCACAAUAGAGUGUGCCACUCAGGUCCGCUGCACGUGGCAGGAGGCCAUAAAGCGAGACGUGGGCGUGAGUGCCCUGGUACAUUUCGGGGGUACGUGGGUACUACACACGUUGCUGGUGGCCACGAUGCUGGUACUGCCUGGGGCUGAUACAUGGUGGGCCCUGCUGGUUGUGCUGUUCUCUGGGCUCCUAGCAGCCCAGUUGCUGGAUUAUUUCAUCGAGCCCGCGAUCCCGCAAGUGAACAAACCGGCCAGGGUCCAGUUACUCAUCACCACCGUCGUGGGGCUCUGUGUUGGCAUCGCCACGCUCGUGGUGGUGGCCAUCGAGGGCGCUGACACCGACACCAGGACGUGGGUGUUCGUCCUUUCCGCCGCCCAGGCCUCCUUCUUCACCUAUGGUGUUACCUCCAUAGGAUACAGAGGCGUGCUUGUCGCUGUGGAGGAGAGUCGCAGGAGCAAGGCGCUGAUGGUGGUGAACAGCGCGGGGGCGGCGGGGGCUGCCCUAGCCUACAUCGUCCUGCCCUCCAUGGUGCAGGCUGGUGGGGUCGGUGGGUACAUCAGUGGGUGUGUGUUCCCCCUGAGUGUUGUGUCUGGGGGAGCUGUGUGUGUCUUCUUGUUCCUCAUUUUCCCCAAGACUCCAGAUCUCCCCAACCCUAAUCAAGACGCACCCUCCCCAGAAGAAGAAGCAGUCCCCUCCCCGGGGGUGUACGUGAUCCCCCUGGAGGACGCGGGGGACAGCAAGGGGGGCCGCCGCUCCCCCGACGGCGCGUCGCAUCGCAGCGUCGACAACCGCAGCUUUAGGAGCGCCAGGAGCUUCAGGAGCGCCGUGUCCUGCGCAUCCUUCAAGACUGCCGCGUCACGACCACGCGCCACGUCCAUCGCUACGGUGUUCGAGGACGUGAUAGAAGACGACGAAGACUACAAGUCCAUCGCCCUCGACGACGUCCUUGACACUCAACCCAGUCCCGCGACGACUCAAGGGCAGGGCGCAUACGGCGACCUCAUGGCCAGCGGUGACCUCAUGGCCAGCGGUGACCGCACCUCGGCAUGGCUGCAGGUUCAUCAUCACCUCGACGUGCCCGCCCCACCCGCCGCCCCAAUCAUGCCCAAGCCACUGCCCGGCAUUAUCUUUUGAUGGCUCGGCCACAUCAUCAUCACUGUGCCUUAGUAUUUGUUAUUACAAUGUGUGCCUUCUCAUUUUUUAUCAUCAUGUGCUUUCUCAUUUUCUAUAAUUAUAUGCCUUCUUAUACUUUGUUAUCCUGAGAUGAGGUUCUCUAUGGCUCCACCUAUGGCCAUGCUGAUGCACCGUUUCUCUGGCCGUUUCCUGCCACUGGGACCAGUAGAGAAGAAGUGACUCCUGAGCUAGGCAAAGACCUCGUCCAGGUUUGCUCUCCGCUAUCAGCUCAACUCAGCAAUUUCCUUCAUAAAUACUUCUCGAUUUUAUUAAUAGUUUAUCGCUUCAGAUAAAAUGUUCAUAUAAAUUCAUCGAAUAACAAGUAUCCAUAGAGGUCAUUAUCGUAUUCCUAAUCAAUUUCGUGUAAUUAUCAGGAAGUCGUCUUCCUAUUUGUUCUUCCUAAUAAAUUAGCAAGCAUGCAAUAAAAAGUUCUAAAAAACUGGCACUGCGUGAUGCGCUAUGUGUACGAGUUGAAUUCGCGAAAAUGGAACUCCUUAGGUGAAUGACGCUGAUUUACCUUUGAAUAUGUGUUAAUGAUGUUGAAGUAACGUUCAAUCGCCGUUUUUUAAUGUCAGGCGCCCGCAUGUGGGAAUGAACUCAAGAAAUUCGUCAAACAUUCUACAGAAGCUGCCGUUUCAAGCUGUCUGAUUUUUUCGAAUCUUGUCGUGAAGCAGCAACUAAUAACCGGAAAAAAAUUUUCCUCGUAGAAGUUGUAGGAAUUGCAGGACAAACACUUGCCUUACCCUGACUGAACUCCCUCUCUACAGAAGGUUGUACUGAACUGGAAAUACACGUUGCUCUUUUCGCACUUAAUCUGUUAAAAUAUUUGUUGAACUGAAUCCAGUUUUGAGGCAAUUUGAAAUCUUAUAACAUAGCGUGCUUUUUCAAUUAAUUGGAACGCAUAACUCUAGCUAAACAAAUUCCUAUUAAUUGUUCCAAUUUCAUUAAAAAACGAAUAUCUGCUUAUUACACAACAUUCCUAGCCAGUGGUAGCGCAAAGGUUAGCGAUCUCCUAAUUUUUCAACCCUCAUUGUCAAAUCUUUAUUUAAUUUUCUUAUUCUCUUCAAAUUCUUGAUAAUUUCGAAAUGAAGCGGAAUGUGCCAGUAUGACUAUCUUGGACUGAAACUAAGGCCAAAAGCUGUAGCACAUUAUGUCAUACUAGUCUCGUUUUGCUUAACUAGUCUUGCGUUGCAUCACAUAACUAGUCUGAGACUAUUCCUGGUUCCAAUGCAACACACUACAAUAUUUAAAAUACCUAUAAUUCUUUAAAACACUCAAAUUCAAUGAAAACCAGCACAAAAAAAAUACUGUAUUUGUAAGUCGAAGUUCUUAAAUUUUAGCGCUAUUUUUGCACAAUAUAACGCCGUUAUAAACAUCAGUAAAGAUUGAUACGUAAUGCAGAGCACCAAUGUAAACUCUUUCAUUUUAUUACAAUUGCUCUUCCGCUUUAUUUUAGACCAUAUAUAUUGCAAUUAUUUUAUAGAUUUCAACCUUUCGUCUCCAUGUAAUCAUUUCAAACAGUUUUUUAUUUCAAACUAUUUUUACAUCCUUUAAACCAUUCCAAUCACGGAAUUUUUUAUUCGUUUUAUAGUUAUUGUUUUCGUCCGCAUUUAAUGCUCACAAUAACAGAAUUUCAUUUUAUUUAGAUUUUAUUGAAAUACAAAGUUUUAACACUUGGAGCCUUGCGAUUGGAAUUCACGUUCGACGCGCAAUAUCUGUGUGAUGUAUUUAAUAAGAAUAUUGCCCUGUUUGAGCUUUUGUGUGGCUGUCUUUUUUAGACUGAUCAAGUGUAAAAAUGAUAUAUUUUUGUAAUUAGAAAAUUUAAAAUGUAUGAAAAUUGUAUGUAGAUUAUGUAGAAUUAGUGUUUUUUAUUAUUAUUCAGGGUGUUGUGUGGACAUUACCUUGUUCGUGUCUAUUUUUGUUCAUAUCGCUUACACUUGUGUAAAUAAAUAUUUGAUUUUU